GCUGAAUUGUUUACAAAAGAUGGCGGACGUUUCUAUCCUGGCCCUAUUCGAAAUAUUUAGAAUCUAUAUUAAUUAUAAUUAGUAAUAUUAUCUAGAUCUAUUGUUCAGAUAACUUUUAAAGCUUGUCUGCCAGUUCAAAAAGUGAGAAUGUCUUCAACUAGUUUGGUUACUGAUGUGAGAGUUACCAUCUUAGACAAGGAAAUGUUGACUAGUCAAAUGAGAAAAUUAAACUUAGAAAAUUCUGCUCUUCAAAUGGAAAAUAAACUUUUAAAAGAUAAAAACAACAGGGCUGCGGUCAGAGUUACAGAACUUGAAACCAAGUUACAAAAAAGCCAAGAAGAAAUUUAUGAAAUUCAGCUGAAAAUGGAUCAAGAAUCUGGCCGAGCUUUACUUACUGCCAGGCUGGAAAUGGAAAGAGAAAUAGAGCAAUAUCAAACCAAAGCUACCAGUGCUGCCAAACAAGUUGAUUUACUGAAGUCUGAGAUCUCGUAUCUGGAUGAACAGUUAAUCACUUUACAAAGAGAAUUGGAGGUCACUCGACAGGCAGCGGACAGAAGUAAGAUCUAUGAGACUCACCAACAAGAGGUGGAAACAUUCAGGAAUGAAAUUGAAAAUCUUAAAAGUCUGCUGGAGCAGACGGACCACUCUUUAGAAAAAGAGAUUUCAAAAUGUGUUGAUCUGACCAAUCAGGUUCAUAGACUUACAGAAGAGAACCAAAUCCUGAGGUCACAAUUAGAGGGAGACAAUGAUGAUGUCAGUGUGGCUGAGAAGCAGAUUACAUCACUUCUUUUGAGGCUUCAUGUGACUGAAGAAAGAUUGUCUCAAGAAAGAGCUGACAGGGCUGGCAAUUUGUCACAAAUUGAGGAAAAGCUUCUAACAGACAACGCCAAACUUCAGACCAAGUCCAAGGAAUUAGAUCGUCAACUGAAACGUGAGAAAGAGAAGACAAGAGUAUUGGAACAAAGACUGAAGGAGUUUCGUGAGGAGAAUCUUCACCUCCGACUGUCUGUACCUGAUGAGGAUGAGCAAAGCUAUGACCUCCCUUACAUCAGACAGUCCAGAGCAGACGCUAAGAAACAUGGGAAUGACUUGACAAAUAUUUUACACGAGUUAGUUAAAGAGAGUGGUCUGUCCUUGGAGGAGGAAGGUCCGGACGGACUUCUGGUGUAUCUCUGGCAGGAAAGACAACUCCUCCAACAAAAUGUAAAGGCUUGGAGGAUAUGUCUUGACCAGUGGAAAAAGGAGUUAGAUCAAAAUGGUCACUCAGUUGAGGAGGAUAGCUUUGGAAACUUGCAGAUGGCAUUAAGCAUCACCAGAGAGUCGGAGUCUCGAAUGUUGAAAACAGAAGAAAACUAUGAAGACAUAAAUGCCGAAAAAAUCUCUUCAGAACAAGUUUACAGGCAGCAGUUGUCAGAGCUAGUUAAAGACAAACACAGUACACAUGCCAGACUGGACACUUUACAAGAUCUAAUGGAUGCUUUAAGAGCAGAAAAUGAAAUCCUUCGCCAGGGAUUGGCCAUGACCUCAGGCCAAAAAGAUGUCAAACCAAAAGAAACAGAGUCUAAAGAAGACGUACUGCUCGGGGAAAUCACAAGUCUGGAAUCUAAGCUGGCUCAAGUGAUGAGGAAAAAUAAAGUCUUGACCUCUGAACUUACCACCCUACGCAGCCAGCUGUCCUUGCGAGAUUCAGAACUGAAAGAAACUAUUGCUGAGUAUAAACUGACCCAAUCUGUGUCUCCUUCUCAACAAGCUGAUGAGAAGGUUAAGGGUCAUCAUCUGCAGGCUUUACAAGAAGAGGUGGCAGGAUACAAGGAAGAAAUUCGGUGUUUGAAUGAUCGCCAGAGUGUAACACUAGCAGAGAGGCAAAAACUGGAACUUGAGUUAAGUGAGGUGAAAGGUCAGCUGAGAUCACUCCAAGCUGAGUACAGGCAACUGGAAGCAGGGAAAACUCAGAAUGGUGAUGUGAACUCUUUUGAAGAGGAGAUCGAAAAGAAAACUGUACAAAUACUUCAGCUGACGUCUCAGUUGACUGAAGCAGAGAUCAACUUGAGUCAGGUGCGGAAUGAGUUAGGGCAUCAACGUCAAACCCAUCAAGACAUAGUGUCUCAGAUGGACCAGCUCAGAUCUCAGCUUGACCAACGCUGCCAGAUGUUGGAUCAGAUCAGCUUGAGAGAAACUGACCAGUUAGAGCAGCUAGAAAUGGUCAAAAGCAUGUUACAGACUUUGACCCAAGGACUGACCAGCAAAGAAGGGGAGGUGGAAAUUCUAACAUUAAAACUGCAACAGUCUCAAGAUAAAGUAUUGGCUUUAGAAGAACAGAUUGCUGCAGCACAGGGUAAAGGUCAAGUGAAAGGUGAAGGUCAUAAAUUGAGUUCAGCUGCUAAGGAAAACUUGAGACACAAUGAAUUACAAGAAUUAAAAACCCAGGUUUUGCAAGCUGUGACGUCUGCUAACACAAGUAAACUAGAAUGUACUGAGCUUACACAGGAAGUGAACAAACUCAGGCUAGAGCUGUCCACAGUGAUGUCCAGUAAUGUCCAGCUGGUCAAUGAAAAAGGUUUGCUGGAAAGAAAAAUUCAGAUUUUAGAAGAAGAGAACAAUCUUGUUAAAACAGAACUGGAUGUUGGUCAAACCAGUCUGAACCAGCUGGAGAGUUCUUUGCAAGAAGUAGUGGAAAAAAUUGGAGGUCAGAUAAGUCAUUUUGAGCCUGGGAAUGAGGAAAAUAUGGUGGAAGUUGACCAGAAGGUCCUGCUCAACAAACUUCAGACUUUACAGUUGAAUGAAUUAGCCAGAGAAAAGGAAAAUGAAGUCAUUGUGGAAAAAAUUAGACGUCAGGAGCAGGAGAAGAUAACUAUGUCAAAGCACUGUGAUAUUUUACAACAGGAAGUCAACCAAUGUCAUCAGGAUGUGAGCAGAAUAACCAAAGAACUUGUUAUGAAGAUGAAAGAAAAUGCUGCAACCACAGAAAUUAAUCGAAUGCUACAAAAAGAUCAUCUGAGUUUGCAAAAAAAACUGGCCACUUUAGAGACCAAAGUUGAAGAAAAAAGUGUCAUGGCGGACAAACAAAAAGCAGAAGUAAUUGAAGUUAUCAAGCAGAUGGAAAUGGUUGAGCAGAAGCAAGACUCCACAUUGUCAACUAUUCAGCAGAGGGAGAGCACUCUUGUUGACUAUGAGAAGCAGAUUCAACAGCUGAGUCUCAACUUGACCCACAUGGAGAAGUUACGUGAUGAGAUGCAGGCUGGGAUUGAUCACCUGACAGAGGAAGUGACCAGUCUGAAGAAUGUUAUCUCUGUCUUGGAACAUAAAGUGCAAGAGAGAGAUUCAAAUAUUCAUGAACUGAAAGCCAAAUGUCACAAACAAAAAGAAGAAAUCCUGUCCUUGACCCACACUGCUGAACUAGCCAAUCAGGAACAAGAUGUCUUGAUGGCUAAUAUUAACUCUGACAAAAAAGUUCUGGAAACUUUAAAAGAAGAAAUCAAAGUUCAUGAAGAAAAUGAGAAAAAACUUUCAGACAAAGUGGCACAGUUGACAGGUGAGCUGGAAGUUCAGAGGAGUCAUCUUAUAGUGGCUAAAGAAACCAUUCAACAAACUAAAGCAGAAAAAGAAAUCUUUAUGAAAGACUAUCAAGAUGUUUGCCGUCGACUUGGUGAAAAAGAAAAUAUUCACAAAGAGACAGAGAAAAAAAUAGAAGCUGAGUCAGCACUAGUGAAGGAGGAGUCUCAACGACAGAAAGAAAUGUUUCUAGAUCUUAGAGCUGCUUCUGAAAAAGAGAUCAAUCAACUCAGACAGGAAAAUGAACUUUUAAAGCAGCAACUGCAGAUAAAAAAUGAAGAGAUAUCUAAAAAUAUGGAAAAGUUUAAAGAACUGGAAGAAAUACAAAGGAUCAACAAGUCACUGGAAGUGUCCAUUCAGGAGAAAGAGGUGCGGUCAGGCCAGAGCAACAUGCUGGUGGACUCCCUGCGUAAAGAAGUGAUGAGUUUAAGAGAAGAGAACUCCCAGCUGCAGGACACAGUGGCCAGAAAGGUGGUGAGCAUUUUGGACCUCCAGGAUCAGCUACGAAGCAGCUCAGAGAUGAAAGAGACCCAGGCCAUAGAUAUGAAGCACACCAUGGAAGGGAUGAGAGCCCAUCAUGAGUAUGAACGCAAAACUUGGAAGGAAUCAUUGAACAAGGUGGAAGAAAGUGCAAGAAACUCAGCAGAGGAAGUGUCAAGACUGACAGCCAAAAGUGACCAGAUUUCUGAGCAACUUCAAAGCAAAGAGAAAAUCUUGGUUGAACUGAACCUGAAACUAAAAGAAAAUAUGGCAUCUCAGAAACAUUUCGAAGAUAAGAUUCUCCAUUUGAAAGAAAGUCUAGAAGAAAUGAAGCAGAAAAAGCUCAGCCUUGAAAAUUCAUUACAUUCAACUCAAUCAGAAUGCACAUCAUUCAAAGAAAGGAUUAUGAGUUUGACCAAUCAGAUAAAAGAUAAGGAAUCGGCUUUGAACAUUAGCCAGAAAGCUGUUCGAUUGGGCGAAGAAAAAAUUGAAUUUCUUUCGUCAGAAUUGUUAAGACAUCAACGUCUGCUGGACAGCCAUAAACAGCAAAGUACGGCUAAACUUCAGCAGCUGAGGAGUCAAGCAGAAACAGAAAGUAAAGACCAAAUCAAGGUCCAGCAACAAGCUCAUGUCCUGUCUGUGGAACUGGAGCAAGUCAGAGAGACCUUGACCCUCAAAAACAAAGAGAGUUUAAAGCUUCAAGAAACAGUUUUGGAGUUGGAACAAAGAGUUAGAGAGUAUGAAAUCAAGUUAAGACUAGGGGAGGAAAUGCAAACAAAGUUAGGCUAUAGGUUUGAAGAACAAGAAAAUGAAGUCAAGAAGCUCAGAAACUUUUUGUCUAAGAAAGCCGAGGAGGAUGGUUCUGGAAAGAGCAUGUGGCAGGAAAUGAAUCGAGUCAUGUCCGAACUCUCUCACCAGUUACAGUUUCACUUUGAGACUUCCAGAAGCAUGGACCAUGGGGGCAGAGAGGAGGAUGAGUUGGUGUACAAAUUGAGGAAACAACUCCUGGAGACAGAGUCCCAACUCAAUACAGAGAGAGCUUUACAUCAGAUCACCAAGGGCUCCAUGCAAUCCCUUGAAGAAGAUUGCAACAGACUACGUCAAACAAUCAUGGCUAUGAGAAAACGUGCCGUCAGUUCUGAAAAGAAACAAAAAAGCCGCAUGGAAGAGAUCAAUGAAAUCAUUGCCAGGUCACAGACCAGAGCUCAAGCUCUACUGUCAAGUGGAGACUACAGUCUAGAUACUUCUUUUAGAAGUUUGAAUCCAUCCAGAGAUUACAAUCUGGCUGAUGUAAGCUUUUCUUCUGAUACUUCCCUGGCCAGUGAAGCCCAUCUUGCCAAUUUGUCCUUCCUCAAUCUGUCUUCUACCUAUCCAGGCCUUUCACCAAGGAAAUAGUUUUAGUGUUUAGAAUAUUUUAGAGUUUUUAGCCAUUUUGGGAAUCACUCAUUCAAGCUGACUUCUUUUUUUUUUUUGCACAAAGUAAGGCUCAUUGUUGUUAAACAGUUUAAAACCAUUUGAUCAUUGUUAUAGAAUAUCUAGUAAGCAAUGGUAAAGUAGUAACUCAGCAACUGACCUUGUGGUAUAGCAGAGCAUACUGAGAUUCAAGCUCUUGUCAAAUUAUUACAAAAUCCUCAAAAGAUCUCAGUUGGCCUCCCUGUAACUGCCUAGCAAGGAAGGCUGGCUUCUCAGGUUGUGAAACCAGUUUAUGCACCCACCCUGUUGAUUGUACAAGCUGCAGAUGAAUAUUUUUGUUCUUCUUUUGCACAGAGAUUCUUGUGUAAACUUUUUUUUUUUAUGUGUAAACUUUUGUUUUUAUGUAACCUGCUUUGAGGUCAGAAUUAGAAUUUUAAAAAACAUUUGCCUAGAAGGCUUGAGCUCAUGUAAAAAAAAUUAUAAUCUUGUUCUUUUGAUUUAGUCUUUGGAUUAUAUUUUUCAAGGCAAAAUAAUAAUAGAAAUGAAAUUGCUCCAAGAAAACAUUUAAAUCUUUAGGUGCUAAGAACUUUUUCAAAUCUGGCAUAAUAUUCUGAGAAAUAGAUUGUUUUCACUUAAUCUUUAUUUUUGUAUAUUUUUUUUUGUUGACUGAUUUCGUAAAGAAAGAUGAAAAAGUCAGAAUCUAGUCUGACUUGAUGUCAGUGCGUAACUUGGUUCUGUUGGUCAUAUGACCUAGUUGGUUUCUGACUCUUAUGACUGAUGAGUUUUUCACUGUGAUAUUUUUUGUCCGUCCAGAUUCAAAUAAUUUAUUUAUUGUUUUACACUCGACUUUUUGUACAGCAAUAUUUUAUUUUAAAGAUGGCAACAUUCCAUUUAGUUGAUUAUCAUUGGAUAUUUUUGUAUUAGUCCAUGGCAGUCAACACGAUUUUGCGUUUGCUACAAUCCUAAGUGUUUAACUGAAACAGAAAAUAAUGUCUUAGGCGUAUAAUAUAUUAAUGUCAUUGAUUCUUAUUCUUGAUGACGCCCUGAUUCCUGUCCAGACAGUAGUCAGUUACAGUUUACUUGAGAACUUUUAUCUGGCUGUGAGACAUUAGCAAUCGACCAUAAAUUGAACCCUGACCAUUGUAUUACCAUGCCGUCUCGCAGGAGGUUUGGGCUAGGAUGUAAUAUCUUCAUUUCAGAAGAAACAUCCAAAACAUAUUAAUUAUAUGAAUACAAUAUAAAGGUCAUAACAUAUAGAUUAUAGAUUCAGGACAUAAUCCAUAGGAUUUAAAAUUAAGUUAUAAGGCACUCAUGUUGCAAUGCUAAAUGAUAAUAUAUUUUGAAUUUAAAUCAUAACUCUUUUUUUUUUACCUGCUAUUGUGUAAUCAAUUUAUAUAGUAUUUUAUUUAUAUAAAUGUUAAUCAAAAUAUUUUUGUGAAUUUGCUGAUAUGGUUUGAAUGUUUUUUUUAGUUUUCCAAUGUAAUUCAAUAGUCUGGACUUAAAACAUUUUUAAGAAGAGUAUAGACCACUCAUAUUGUAUCUAAUAGUUAAAAAAAUAGAAUCCAUUCACCAUUUUGAUUCCUAUUGUCCAAAAGUUCACCUACGAUCAUUGACUUCACCACUCAGGAAUAUUUUAAACUGUCCAGUUCUGUCUCACAUAUUGUGUCUAAUUUAAAUUUCUAUAUUUCAGUGACAUCACCUACCUUAUACAACAUCACCUGCCUAUACAAUAACCAAUGUCUCUAUGAAUUUGAUUUUUUUUUUUCACUAAAUUUUGGAUUUUUAUUUUAACAAAUCACAAAGUCUGGAUUCUAGAUCUUCUUUUUGAGACUUUUUUUCUUGGAUAAGAGGAGACUUAGAGUUGACAAGGUCGUCUGCUGUUUUCUAUUCCUGUAAAUGCAAUAAUUGAAUAAAGUUCAACUGAACAUUUUUUCUCAGGUGACUUUCUUGUCUCAUAAACGCCAGGCUCUCAAUACAAAUAUUGUUGUGUGUUCUUUUUGUAUUACAUAGUAAUUCUAUAUUAUUUUAAAUCUGAUUUGUUCAAUUGUUUUCUAAAUAUAGAUGUGUGAUCUUCUCAGAAUCUAGAUGAUAUCGGCUUUAGUGUAUUGAUGUCAAUCAAUUGUUUGAUUUAAAUAGAGAUCUGAAUGUAGCCAUAUGUUUAACCUGUAACUGUAGAUAACUGUAUUUUUGUUUACCUUUAAAAGCAUGAAGUUAGACAUACUUUAAUUAUAUGAGUUUAAUUAUAUGAGUUUAAUUAUAUGAUCACAGUAGUUCAUAUAGUUUAAUUAUAUGAUCACAAAAGUUCAUAUAGUUUAAUUAUAUGAUCACAGUAGUUCAUAUGAUCAAUACUGGAUUUACCUAUAGGCAAUGUAAGCUACAGCUUAGGGCACUGCUUGCACCUAUAGGCAAUGUAAGCUAAAGCUUAGGGCCACUGCUUGCACCUAUAGGCAACGUAAGCUACAGGUUAGGGCCACUGCUUGCACCUAUAGGCAAUGUAAGCUACAGCUUAGGGCCACUGCUUGCACCUAUAGGCAACGUAAGCUACAGCUUAGGGCCACUGCUUGCUUGGGACACCCUAAAAAUUGUUACAGGGAUAUUUUCAAACCAUUUUGGAGAGAUAGUGAAUGAAGAAAAUGGCCUUACAAGGGACCCCAUAUCUAUAACAUUUGAGGGCAGUGUUUCCCAAACUUUUUCCUUAAUGGAACACUUCGCACAUUCUGAGUAUUUAGCGAAACACCUUGAUUAUUUUUUUUAGAGAGAUUAAUUCACGUGGUGGCCUACUAGUUAAUGAUGAAAGUGCAGAUAAUUUUUUUUACGAAGCUUAUAUCAACUCAUUGUGUCUGUUUGGAAUCACAUAGGUCAGUGAUUGUGCAACCCAUUCCCUCAUAUAACCUUUUAUUUUUAAAAGAGUAUUUUUUAUAUUUCAUUCAUUUUUAAAAUUGGAAUUUAGCACAAUUCAUGACUGGAUCAGUCACCUGUUAUUUCCCUUUAGAGCCAUGACUUUGUAGUUUUGAAUGUUUUUUUUUUUGUAUUCUUAAAAGAAGUUCAAUUUGUGUGCAUUCAGAAUUGUAUUGGGAUAGAACAGCUUCUUAUAUUGACUCUCUUGUAUGGCACUCUACAUAUUGAUCUAUUCAUUAACUUAAUCACAGGUAUUUACAGAAUUAUUGUGGACAUUGUACUGGAAAUAAAACUAUUUACAAAAUGA